CAAGACUCAUAAUACAUUGGGUGGAACUUAUGAGAGAAUAUGUACACGAUGGGUAGGCAUGGAUGGGUUGCAACUUAUAAUCAGUAAAAUAUACCAGAAGUUGGCUAAUGUCUUCUUUCAGUGUCAAAGAUUUCACACUGCUAUAAGCAGGCAUAAGGGCAAAACAGCUUCAGAGCACCUCUGGCUGACAAGGCACUUGAAAGAUCCAUUUGUGAAAGCUGCAAAAGUAGAAAAUUACCGUUGCCGAAGUGCCUUCAAACUUCUGGAAAUAAAUGAGAAGCAUCAAAUUUUCCAUCCUGGGCUUCGGGUUUUAGACUGUGGUGCUGCCCCUGGUGCAUGGAGUCAAGUAGCUGUCCAAAAAGUCAAUGCUGCAGGCAAAGAUCCUAACUCUUCUGUUGGUUUUGUCCUUGGGGUGGAUCUUCUUCAUAUAUUUCCGUUGGAGGGAGCAAUUUUUAUCUGUCCUGCUGAUGUAACUGACUCAAGGACCGUCAAGAAAAUUCAAGAGCAACUUCCUGGACAGAAAGCUGAUGUGAUUUUGAGUGAUAUGGCACCCAAUGCAACUGGAAUUCGGGAACUUGAUCACCAAAAUCUCAUAAGCAUGUGCCUGUCUCUUCUGAACUUUGCUUCAAGCAUAUUACUUCCAGGGGGAACGUUCCUCUGUAAAUUUUGGGAUGGAAGUCAACGACACCUCUUACAAAAAAGGCUAGAAAAAGAAUUCCAGAGUGUCAGGACUAUAAAACCUAGAGCUAGCAGGAAAGAAUCAUCAGAGACUUAUUUUUUGGCAAAAUCAUACCUAGGAACAAAAAGAUCACUGAAAGAGUAAAAAGUUACAUUUACUUUUACUAUUAGGAUUAUUGGGGUCUAUAUUAAUAAGAAGUUUGAAUCAGACCUUGAACUGUUGCUGCUAUGUAAAUAUAAUGCAUUAUGUACUAAGCACAGAUUAGGAGAACAUUUGAUUCUUUUGGGUCACAAACAAGAUUUGGAGCUGGGAGUGCUAUUAGAAAUUAUGAAGCUCAAUUUCCAUGCCUCGUUUCAUAGUUGCAGAAAUCGAGGCUCAUAGGGACUUGUUCAAGAUUGUAACAGAGGCAGAAUUUGAACCCAAUUUUCUCUACCUCCCUUCCUCCCUUUAGUGUAGA